UUAUAAUAAAUUUAAAUAUAUUUUGUUAACCUUUGACCCUAGUGUUAUUCAUUUAUUAAUUCACUGGAACAGUUAAAAAAAUGGUAAAAUGGCCUUAAAAGGUGUGAAAGUGAUCGAAUUCGCCGGAUUGGCCCCUGCACCUUUUUGCGGUAUGAUCUUGGCAGAUUUCGGUGCCGACGUGAUUCGUGUUAACAAGAUAAACGAUCGUGGGACUUUGGACCGACUGGCCAACGGUAAAAAAUCGAUAGCGGUCAAUUUGAAAGACACAAAAGGUGUGCAAAUAAUGAAAGAACUAUGUAAAGAGUCGGAUGUUUUGAUCGAACCGUUUAGAGCCGGAGUGAUGGAGAAAAACGGACUGGGGCCGGAAAUUCUGUUACGGGACAAUCCGAACUUAAUUUAUGCCCGUCUGACCGGAUACGGACAAAAAGGAUUGUACAAGAACAGCGCGGGACAUGACAUUAAUUACGUGGGCUUGUCCGGUUUGUUGUCUUUGUUCGGGAGGAAGGAUGAGAAGCCCACGUUCCCAGUGAACGUGGUUGCUGAUUUCGGAGGCGGUGGUUUGAUGUGUGCCUUAGGAAUUUUGAUGGCUUUGUUUGAGAGGAGCAGAUCCGGAAGGGGACAGGUUGUCGACUGCAGCAUGGUAGAAGGUACAGCCUAUUUGGGAAGUUGGUUGUAUCGGUCGCAGAAUUUGCCCAUUUGGGGGCAGCAAAGGGGAGAGAAUGUGUUGGAUUCCGGUGCACACUUUUACGACGUCUAUCGGACUAAGGAUGAGAAAUUCGUGACGGUGGGCGCAUUGGAAGAGCAAUUUUACAUGAAAUUGUUACAAGGUUUGGGAUUGAAUGAAGACGAUGCUCCGCAAUUUGGGCAAUUCGAUGAAAUGAAAAAGAUUUUUGAGGAAAAAUUUUUGCAGAAGACUCAAAAGGAAUGGUGCGAAAUAUUCGACGGAAUCGACGCAUGUGUGGGCCCACUUUUAGAUUUGAAAGAUGCACCCAACCAUCCGCACAACGUAGAAUCGUUCGUCGACACCGAAGAGGGAAAGUUUCCCAAACCGGCUCCCGUUCUAAGUAGGACUCCGGCCGAAUCGCAGUGUCUCAAGAAAUCGCCUGAUUGCGGAGAACACACCAGAGAAAUCCUGGAAACUUUACUCGGAUAUGGAGCCGACGAAAUUGAUCAGUUAGAAGUACAAGGGAUCGUUCAGAGUCGCAGCAAAUCCAAAUUGUGAACUGAAAGAUUGAUUACGGAAGAAUUGGGCAAUUAAGUUAACAAUCAUUUUUAUUGAUAUUAUAUUAAAGUCAUUAAACAAAAAUAAAACAUACGAACAUAAACAACAUGUUUUGAUAAGGAAACAAUAAGUAAACUAAACAAAAACAAAACGAGAAAUCUUAAACAUGACUAUCUAAUUGAAUACCACUACGCUUUUGUAAGGAUUACUUUUUAGUCUUACCUAUUAGAAAUACGAGGAGCUGCGUCGACGCCUUCAAAUGUGCCCUCUCUUUGAAUAGCAUGGCCACACUUAAAAGCGUCGAAUGUUAAAUACUUGGAUAAGAAGAGCUGCUAUUAACUGUACACAAUCGGAAAAUUGUCCGAAUUCGGAGAUUGUGUUCGUUGCUCUCUAACAAUAAAUAACUUACUUUUUAUUGCAUGCGGUGAGACUGAGCAUAUUUUUCCCGCGUAAAAAAAUACGUCAGAUUCGAGAGAAUAUCAAUAUGUAUAUCACGAUAAUAAUAUCAUACAUGUAACUUGUAAUGGUGUACAUGCAUAAAUGUAUAAUAUUUAGAAAAGAUAUUUUUUUAACAACAAUAAAUAAAUAAAUUAUUCUAAAAAUAGAUUAGUAAAGUCAGUCACAUUAACUAUUAUUUUUUUUCGCAUUUUAUAAAAUGGUUAUAAAUAAUUGCGUUCAACAUCGUUUUUAAACUUUCAAACAACCAUGGCUAAACUAUGAUAAAUAGAAAUGAAGAGAAGAGACAGAGAAAUUCAAUGGACGCAUCGUACCAAUCGAUGAAGCGCAAU